AAAUCCCCACAUGCCCCUGCAAAUAUGUCUUAAUGGAAAUGAUAGCAGUCAUUGGCAGUCAUCUAUCAGACAAGGCCAUAUGUUGCUUUGGGUAGGGAUGGAAUGAGGGCUUACCACAAAGCCUGCCUUAUCCUCUGGCAUUACAGUCUCUAAGAAAGGAUUUAGUCUUUAAUUCUUGAUUAGAUAGAAUUUUCUCUCCUGUGCGAGAGUGUAGUGAUACAGCAAGCACAGAUAACCUGCUUUAUUGGGAAAGUGUGUGUUUUGAAAGUCCCCUGGCAUUGCUCCCACUUUGUGACACACAUGCACGGUCCUUCAUACUCUCUAGCUUGAACCUCUGCUGUGCCAUCCCAUUUAGCGCCUGGGCUUUUAACACAUUGUGAUUGGGUUAUUAUUAGAAGCAAUGGAUUUUCAAUUAAAAUUUAAUCCUGAUUAAAGUUUUUGCACUUGCUGCAAAACCGCCACACUGAUUUUUGUGUUUUUUGUCAAGAGGAGACAGGAUUUUUAUUCCCCUUUUAAGAAAAAAAAUGCACAAUUUGUUUGUGUUUUUGAUGUUUUGUAUCGGGAUAUGAGGAUACCACCGAAGAAGACGUUCAUUUAUUCAGUUCCUUCACUCAGUCGUCUUCCUCCCCUUUCCCUGACUGGCUGCUGACUGUCGGCUCCCUCCCUCACUGGAGUCUCUCUCGGUUCAUUCAAACAGUGUGUGAGCUUCGCUGAGCCAGAGGUGAAGGCAAAGAAUUUGCAGGCUUUGCAAGUGGACUUGCUAAUUUUUUUCUUGUUUUUUUUUUCUUUUUGAAAUCUUCUCUCGUUGUCUGCUGUUGUGGAAUAUUAAAUGUGAGAGGGGGGAGAUCUCCUCGAGCACAGACCACUGUGACUUCUACUCCUGUGCUGCAUCCAUGACUUUGCAUACCUGGUUUGUGUACGGGUUUGGAUUUAUCUUGGUUUGGACACUCUGCUUGGCAAAAGUGCAGGGGCUUCAGUGCUAUGGCUGCAACGUCAUUCAGGGCCAGAGGUACGUGGACGUGGGCUGCUCCAACCCAGAGGUCAUCACCUGCACCCACUCACAUAAAGGCUUCAAACACCGUUUCUGCAUCAAAACAGAGAGCACGGCUCUGGGUAUCGUCCUGACCAGUGGCUGUGCUACAUCCCGACACUGCCAGCAACAAGAGCUGCCAGGGGUGCGAAUCCACUGCUGUGACUCAGACCUAUGUAACAGCACCCCUCUCUGGCGUCCGAAAGCAUUUCACUACGUUUGCGCACUGCUAAGCCUCCUGAUCCUGCAGGUUUGGUUGUGAUCUGAGGCGGAUGAACAUGACAUCUGGGGACUCGUCUCAAAGUUUCCAGUGUAAACGGUUGAAUGAGCGUGUUACUUAGUGUGGAGUUACUGGAAUAGGUUUUGUCACAUUGUUGGUUUACAAGAACAAUCACAGCAAAAAACAAUGAUAAUUAUACUGUGGACAUGUCUCAGAGUAAAACUAAUUCUUCAGCCAUUAUUGUGCACAUCCACUUAUACUAACAUGACUUCAAUACGGAUGGAUUAUAGAGCAUUUGUGUGAGUUCAUUCUUUGAGUUUAGUCAAUGUUUGUAAAAAGCAAAGCAUAAAUAUACUAAGAAAAGCUUUAUAAGGUCCUACAAAUAAACCCCUCCCUUCUAUUUUGCUCACCAUUUGAAUUGCCACAAAUGUUUUAAGCAUUCACAUCAAUCACCACAUAUUUACUUUUCAAAAGGAAAUAUAUUUUUUCAGUUUUUUGUGUUUUACAAGCCAAGCAGGAAAAAAAAAACACUGCAUGCAAAACUGUUUGUGAAAUAUUGUUUAGUGAAUAAAGCAUGUAUUGUUGAGAAUUUCUGUAUUAAAAUGUUUCAUAUUUUUUAAAAGAAAAUGUUUUCAUCUCAUAUUUUCUGGUAUGAAACGUUAUAGUGUACAUUAGUGUAAAAGAAAAGUAAUAUAUGCCUAAAGUAAACUGCACUGUUUAUUUUUUAUUUUUACAUUAAAAAAAUUAAAUAUGAUCUUUACAAUAAAUGACUUUUCUUUAUUUAA